AUGAAAAUAUCUGUAGUUACAGAGUGGUUCCUGAUUUUUCUCCUGGUUCCAGGAAUUGCUUUACUACUGUAUCUUUCCCCUAUGACAAAAGGGCAAGAGGAGAAAAAAUCACAAAGGUACCCUCCUGCAAAACAACAAAGCACAGCAGCACCAAGGAAGGAUCCUGUAAAAGAAGAACCAGAAAUGGACACUGUCCAAGAAGAACCAGGGUUGUACCAUGUGGCUUAUCCCCGAAAAUACAAAUUUAUCAUUGACCAGCCAAAGAUAUGUGAACAGCAAAAACCCUUCGUGGUGGUUAUGGUCCCGGUGCCUCCUGGCGACACUGAAGCGCGCAGUGGCAUCAGGAGGACGUGGGGUGGAGAAAAGGUUGUUGGGGACAAAGUGGUUGUGGUGCUGUUUAUUAUGGGCUUACACAGUGAAAACGAUGAAGAAACAUUGCAGGAGCAACUCUGGAAUGAGAGCCAGCAGUACAAAGACCUUCUCCAGAGCAACUUCCUGGAUUCCUAUAAGAAUCUGACCAUUAAAACCAUGAUGAUGAUGGAAUGGCUCAGCAGGAAUUGUCAACAGGCGUCCUUUGCUGUGAAAGUGGAUGCUGACGUGCUCCUUAACAUGAACAAUCUAAUAAAUAUGCUUGUGAGUCUGAACCCAGUACCAGCCAACUAUAUGACCGGGCUAGUGUGGUACGCAAGCCCUGUCAUUCGAAAUCCGUUCAAUAAGUUUUUCCUUCCCUACAAUGUGUACCCCAGAAACACAUAUCCGCCGUAUCCUCUAGGCAUGUGUUACAUAAUUUCUUUGGACCUGCCACAGAAAUUUAUACAGGGAUCGAAGCACAUUAAACCCAUAUAUAUAGAGGAUGCAUAUCUUGGCAUGUGUUUGGAGAAUUUGGGUAUCGUCCCAACCAAACCGCCAAAUAUAGAACAGUUUGUGGCGACACCACCGCGGUACAAUCGCUGUUACUAUUCUGGAUUGAUAGCUAUACUUACGGACAACACAAAUCGGAUGACGUCCUUUUGGACAGAUAUUCAUUCAACCAGCAAUCCAUGCUGAGGUGGAAACAUCCCAACUAGGAUAUACUGCAAUGUGUCUGAUUUUUCUUGUGCUUGUGCGUGUGUGUUUGAGCAUUUUAUUUGUUUCAAGUGAAACCAUGCAUCAUGCAGUAUCCAACUCAGGAACAAAGAAACAAGUAUUACAUGUA